AUCACGUGACGUGACGUGGAGGCAGCAUGGCGGCGCUGAGCUGAGGCAGCAGCUCUCCGGACUGACACCCUGUAGCCUGGCUUUCGUUAGCGUUCACCCGCCCCUCUCGCAGGACCGGGCCGGGCAUGUCGGCCUGAGGGAGACGGGAGCGGUACCGACCCCGAGAGAUGCACCAGCAGCCCCCGCAUCCUGCAGCAGCAGCAGCGGCGGCGGCGGCGGCGCAGCAGUUCAAGGCGGAGAGCAGCAAAACCAAGAGCAUGUUUCUGUCCAGGGCGCUGGAGAAAAUCCUGGCGGAUAAGGAGGUGAAGAGGAGCCAGCACAGCCAGCUGCGGAAGGCCUGCCAGGUGGCGCUCGAUGAAAUCAAGGAAGAACUUGAGAAGCAGAAAGAUGGCACCGUGGUCCCACCCAGAGCCAACUACAUCGAGGCUGACAAAUACGUGCUGCCCUUCGAGCUGGCCUGCCAGUCCAAGUCCCCCCGGAUCGUCAGCACCUCCCUGGACUGUCUGCAGAAGCUCAUCGCGUACGGACACAUCACGGGGAACGCCCCGGACAGCCGCAGCCCCGGCAAGCGGCUGAUCGACCGCCUGGUGGAGACCAUCUGCAACUGCUUCCAGGGUCCGCAGACAGACGAGGGCGUCCAGCUGCAGAUCAUCAAGGCGCUGCUGACGACCGUGACGUCGCCGCACAUCGAGAUCCACGAGGGCACGGUGCUCCUCACCGUCAGGACCUGCUACAACAUCUACCUGGCCAGCCGCAACCUCAUCAACCAGACCACCGCCAAGGCCACGCUCACCCAGAUGCUCAACGUCAUCUUCACGCGCAUGGAGAACCAGGCGGCUCUGGAGGCCCAGGAGCAGGAGAAGGAGCGCCUGCGACUCCCCCAGCAGAACUCCCCGGUGCCCGGGACCCGCCGGUCCGACCGCUCGCCCACCCCGGAGCCCCAGAGCUCCCCGUCCCCCGCGGCCAGCACCAGCAGCUCCACGCCGCCCCCGCCCCCGGCCCCCGGCCCCGAGCUGAACGGGGAGCCCGAGGGGAGCGAGGCCGAGGCCAACGGGGCCGCGGAGCAGGUCACCCCGUCCAGAGAUUCAGUGUUUGAGGAGGAAGGUGCAGCGCCCCCCGCCCAGGCGGAGGGUGCAGCGCCCCCCGCCCAGGAGGAAGGUGCAGCGCCCCCCGCCCAAGGGGGAGGAACCCCAGACAGCAGCGCAGAUCCUGCAGAGCCAGCCGGAGGAGAGCAGACGCAGAGCGCCUCAGGCGGCGAGCAGCAGGAGGUGGCCCCGCCCACGGUGCGGACGGAGGCGCAGCAGAUGAACGGCAUCAUGGAGGACCGCUCCUCCGUCUCCUCCACAGACAUGCUGGACACCGAGGCGCUGCAGGGCCCGCACACCGCCGCUCGCUUCUCACACAUCCUGCAGAAAGACGCCUUCCUGGUGUUCCGCUCGCUCUGCAAACUGUCCAUGAAGCCUCUGGCGGACGGACCUCCGGACCCCAAGUCUCACGAGCUGCGCUCGAAAAUCGUGUCCCUGCAGCUGCUGCUGUCCGUGCUGCAGGGCGCCGGCCCCGUGUUUCGCACCCACGAGAUGUUCGUCAACGCCAUCAAGCAGUACCUGUGCGUGGCGCUGUCCAAGAACGGCGUGUCCUCGGUGCCCGAGGUCUUCGAGCUGUCGCUGGCCAUCUUCCUCACCCUGCUGUCCCACUUCAAGGUCCACCUGAAGAUGCAGAUCGAGGUGUUUUUCCGGGAAAUCUUCCUCACCAUCCUGGAGACGUCGACCAGCUCCUUCGAGCACAAGUGGAUGGUGAUCCAGACUCUGACCCGCAUCUGUGCAGACGCCCAGUGCGUGGUCGACAUCUACGUCAACUACGACUGCGACCUGAACGCCGCCAACAUCUUUGAGCGUCUGGUGAACGACCUGUCGAAGAUCGCCCAGGGCCGCAGCGGUCAGGAGCUGGGCAUGACUCCGCUGCAGGAGCUCAGUCUGCGGAAGAAGGGCCUGGAGUGUCUGGUGUCCAUCCUGAAGUGCAUGGUGGAGUGGAGCAAGGACAUGUACGUCAACCCCAACCUGCAGGCCAACCUGGGUCAGGAGCAUCCGUCUGACAGCGAGGGGGGAGAGCUGAAGCUCCCCGAGCCGCCGACGGGCCGCCGGGACAGCGUCAGCUCGCUGGACUCCACCGUGUCGUCCAGCGUGGCGCCGUCCCAGGCCGACCACCCCGAGCAGUACGAGGUCAUCAAGCAGCAGAAGGACAUCAUCGAGCACGGCAUCGAGCUCUUCAACAAGAAGCCCAAACGUGGCAUCCAGUACCUGCAAGACCAGGGCAUGCUGGGCGCCGGCGCCGAGGACAUCGCUCAGUUCCUGCACCAGGAGGACCGGCUGGACACGACCCAGGUGGGCGAGUUCCUGGGCGAGAACAUCAAGUUCAACAAAGAGGUGAUGUACAGCUACGUGGACCAGCUGGACUUCUGCGGGCGGGACUUCGUCUCGGCGCUGCGGGCCUUCCUGGAGGGCUUCAGGCUGCCCGGCGAGGCCCAGAAGAUCGACCGGCUCAUGGAGAAGUUCGCCGCUCGAUACCUGGAGUGCAACCAGGGACAGACGCUGUUCGCCAGCGCAGACACCGCCUACGUGCUGGCCUACUCCAUCAUCAUGCUCACCACCGACCUGCACAGUCCUCAGGUGAAGAACAAAAUGACGAAGGAGCAGUACAUCAAGAUGAACCGCGGCAUCAACGACAGCAAGGACCUGCCGGAGGAGUACCUGUCCUCCAUCUACGACGAGAUCGCCGGCAAGAAGAUCGCCAUGAAGGAGAGCAGAGAGUUCUCCAUCACGCCCAAGUCCACCAAGCAGAGUGUGGCCAGUGAGAAGCAGCGGCGCCUCCUCUACAACAUGGAGAUGGAGCAGAUGGCCAAGACGGCCAAGGCCCUGAUGGAGGCCGUCAGCCACGCCCAGGCCCCCUUCUUCAGCGCCACCCACCUGGAGCACGUCCGGCCCAUGUUCAAGCUGGCGUGGACGCCGCUGCUGGCCGCCUUCAGCGUGGGGCUGCAGGACUGCGACGACCCCGAGGUGGCCUCGCUGUGCCUGGAGGGCAUCCGCUGCGCCAUCAGGAUCGCCUGCAUCUUCAGCAUGCAGCUGGAGCGGGACGCCUACGUCCAGGCGCUGGCCCGGUUCACCCUGCUGACCGCCAGCUCCAGCAUCACGGAGAUGAAGCAGAAGAACAUCGACACCAUCAAGACCCUGAUCACCGUGGCUCACACCGACGGGAACUACCUGGGCAACUCCUGGCACGAGAUCCUGAGGUGCAUCAGUCAGCUGGAGCUGGCCCAGCUCAUCGGGACCGGGGUGAAGACCCGUUACAUCUCAGGAGUGGUCCGGGACCGGGAGGCCGGCAUCAAGGGCUUACCGUCCGGCACGGAGGAGUUCAUGCCCCUGGGGCUCGGGAACCUGGUGGGGAGUCAGGACAAGCGGCAGAUGGCUCACAUCCAGGAGUCGGUGGGGGAGACCAGCUCUCAGAGCGUGGUGGUCGCUGUGGACAGGAUCUUCACUGGCUCCACCAGACUCGACGGGAACGCCAUCGUGGACUUUGUGCGCUGGCUGUGCGCCGUGUCCAUGGACGAGCUGGCGUCCGCCCACCAGCCGCGGAUGUUCAGCCUGCAGAAGAUCGUGGAGAUCUCCUACUACAACAUGAACCGCAUCCGGCUGCAGUGGUCCCGCAUCUGGCAGGUCAUCGGAGACCACUUCAACAAGGUGGGCUGCAACCCCAACGAGGACGUGGCCAUCUUCGCCGUGGACUCGCUCCGGCAGCUCUCCAUGAAGUUCCUGGAGAAGGGAGAGCUGGCCAACUUCCGCUUCCAGAAGGACUUCCUCAGGCCCUUUGAGCACAUCAUGAAGAAGAACAGGUCGCCCACCAUCAGAGACAUGGUGAUCAGGUGUGUGGCUCAGAUGGUCAACUCCCAGGCGGCCAACAUCCGCUCCGGCUGGAAGAACAUCUUCUCCGUGUUCCACCAGGCCGCCUCCGACCACGACGAGACCAUCGUGGAGCUGGCCUUCCAGACCACCGGCCACAUCGUGUUGAACACCUUCCAGCGCCACUUCGCGGCCGCCAUCGAUUCCUUCCAGGACGCGGUGAAGUGUCUGUCGGAGUUCGUGUGCAACGCGGCGUUCCCCGACACCAGCAUGGAGGCCAUCCGGCUCAUCCGGCACUGCGCCAAAUACGUGUCCGAGCGGCCGCAGGCCCUGAGGGAGUACACCAGCGACGACAUGAACGUGGCCCCCGGCGACCGGGUCUGGGUGCGCGGCUGGUUCCCCAUCCUGUUCGAGCUGUCCUGCAUCAUCAACCGCUGCAAGCUGGACGUCCGCACCAGAGGCCUGACGGUCAUGUUUGAGAUCAUGAAGAGUUACGGCCACACCUUCGAGAAGCACUGGUGGCACGACCUGUUCCGGAUCGUCUUCCGGAUCUUCGACAACAUGAAGCUGCCCGAGCAGCAGACCGAGAAGACGGAGUGGAUGACCACCACCUGUAACCACGCCCUGUACGCCAUCUGCGACGUCUUCACGCAGUUCUACGAGCCGCUCAGCGAAAUCCUGCUGGCAGACAUCUUCACACAGCUGCAGUGGUGUGUCCGGCAAGACAACGAGCAGCUGGCUCGCUCGGGGACCAACUGCCUGGAGAACCUGGUGAUCCUGAACGGGGAGAAGUUCAGCGCGGACGUGUGGAACAUCACCUGCUCCUGCAUGCUGGAGAUCUUCCAGAACACCAGCCCCCACGCCUUGCUGACGUGGCACCCGGCCGGGCAGGACGAGGACGCCGGAGACGGGAAACAUCUGGACGCAGACCUGGACAGCCAGUCCCAGAGCAGCUACGACCGCGCCCUGUCCGAGAGGGGACACAGCCAGAUGUCCAGCGACGACACCUGGAAGGGCAGGCCCAACACCCGCCUCUCGGACCAGAAGCUGUUCGCCGGUUUGCUCAUUAAGUGCGUGGUGCAGCUGGAGCUCAUUCAGACCAUCGACAACAUCGUUUUCUACCCGGCGACCAGCAAGAAGGAGGACGCCGAAAACAUGGCCGCCGCUCAGCGUGACGCCCUGGAGGAGGCGGAGGGCGGCGAGCCGGGCCCGGACCAGGGGAUGUACCGCCACAUGACCUCCGCCCACCUCUUCAAGCUGCUGGACUGUCUGCUGGAGUCGCACUGCUUCGCCAAGGACUUCAACUCCAACAACGAGCAGAGGACGGCGCUGUGGAGGGCGGGGUUCAAAGGGAAGUCCAAACCCAACCUGCUGAAGCAGGAGACCAGCAGCCUGGCCUGCAGCCUCAGGAUCCUCUUCAGGAUGUACUCCGACGCUCAGCUGCAGGACUCCUGGCCCGACAUCCAGACCCGCCUGCUGCUGGUGUGCAGUGAAGCUCUGGCCUACUUCAUCAGUCUGACCUCAGAGAGUCACAGAGAAGCCUGGAACAGUCUGCUAAUGCUGCUGCUCACCAGGACGCUGAGACUGCCCGACCACAAGUUCCAGCCCCACGCCUCCUGUUACUACCCCCACCUGUGUGAGAUGAUGCAGUUCGACCUGAUCCCCGAGCUGCGGGCCGUCCUGCGCCGCUUCUUCCUGCGCAUCGGCUCCGUCUUCCACAUCGCCGGUCUGGAGGGGACGCCCGCCCGGACCCUCUCGUCCUAGGGAGGCGGAGAUCGCCUUGCCCCCGCCUCGGCGAUGGACAGCACUGUGACGGCGCCCCCUGCUGGCCCGUGGGUCUCCGGACCAGACGGAACUGUAAACUGUUAAUUUAUUGUGUUUGUUUCCCUCCUUCCUCCCGGUUGUGUCUGUCCCUGAAGGACAGUGGGACGUGAGCCGCCGGAGCUCCGGAGCUGUCGGCGUCCUGGCCGUCCCCUCCGUCCAGCUCCUCCCGCUGCAGUAUUUCUCCCGUUAAAGACGCUUUUUUAGACUCACCGGCCCCGAGCUUUCUGUCAGGCCCUCUCUCCAACACUAACCAACCCGCCCGGCGCCCGUAAUUUGACCCCAGCCUCCAGAGCAUACGCCUGAGAAGAAGAGGAGCCGAGUCCCUUCAGCCACAUUCAUCAGGACCCCCCGAGACUGAAACCCUGUCGUCAUGCUUGGUUUA